AUGCGCACUAAACUGCCGUCCAUCGCGCGUGCCCGACGUCUUUUUUACAUCGCGCUCACCGCCUCCCAUCCACCCCGGGCAUUGGCUGCGCCCGCGCGCCUUAUGGCGCUCAGAACGUUCCGCCUGGCGCCCAUUUCUCCCGUAAUUGCCCCCCUUGCGCGUUCGACUCUCCCACUCAUCGAUCGCAUCGGCAGUGUCCGCCAUUUCAGCGGCGGCGGCCUGCGCGCUGCCUGCCGUUCGAUCGACGCAACAAUCCAGAGCGGCGAACGCGGAGAGGCGAGCGCGCGAACUUUCGCGCAUUUUGAUGGCACGCAGACGUUUUCCGCGCGCAGCACGCCCGCGAAUUCCCCCCGUGAAGAUACCCGCGGCUUGAUGGGGGAUUACCUUUCCGCCUCCCGCUCCGCCGAAAGCGCGCGGGAGGGAGGCGCCCCCGCGAACGGCGCCGCAACGGGCGGCGACACGAUCGCGGCGGUGGUCACUGCCGUGUCGUCCACGUCAGGCGGCGUCGCGAUUGUGCGGCUCUCCGGCCCCGCCGCUGUGAGCAUCGUGCGGCGCAUGUUCCGGCCAGCGCGGAAAGCGAACAGAGCGCGGAAGCAAGGGGGAAUGGCCAGGGGAAGCGGAGACCUUGGCGGAUGGGCGGGAAGCGCGGGGAACGGAGUGUGGGGAACAUAUACUGGGGAUUUCCGGGGAGAGGGGAGUGAGGGGAACGAGUUGGCCGGAAGCAGCGAGGAAGGGGAGGGGAGAGGCGGAGAGGCGAUGGGGAGAAGUGGGGGGAGCGGGCAGGGCGGAGCGGCGGGGGAAUGGCGCGCGGAGAGCCACCGAGUGAGCUACGGGCACAUCGUGGACGAACAAGGGGCGACCAUUGAUGAGUCCACAUGCUCUCGUCGUCCACAUGCUCUCGUCGUCCACGUGCUCUUGUCGUCCACGUGCUCUCGUCGUCCACGUGCUCUCGUCGUCCACGUGCUCUCGUCGUCCACGUGCUCUCGUCGUCCACGUGCUCUCGUCGUCCACGUGCUCUCGUCGUCCACGUGCUCUCGUCGUCCACGUGCUCUCGUCGUCCACGUGCUCUCGUCGUCCACGUGCUCUCGUCGUCCACGUGCUCUCGUCGUCCACGUGCUCUCGUCGUCCACGUGCUCUCGUCGUCCACGUGCUCUCGUCGUCCACGUGCUCUCGUCGUCCACGUGCUCUCGUCGUCCACGUGCUCUCGUCGUCCACGUGCUCUCGUCGUCCACGUGCUCUCGUCGUCCACGUGCUCUCGUCGUCCACGUGCCGAGGACCUGGUGGAGCCUCACCUCAUCAACCUGCUCUCGCCUCUUCCCCCGCCUCUCCUCCCUCCUCUCUCUCUCCCCCGCCUCGCAGGUGCUGGUGCUGCCCAUGCUGGCGCCGCGGUCGUACACGAGUGAGGACGUGGUGGAGGUGCACUGCCACGGUGGCAGGGUGUGCGCCCACUCCUGCCUCGCCACUGCCGUCCACCUCGGCGCCAGGCUGGCAGGAGCAGGCGAGUUCACGCUACGAGCAUUCCUGAACGGGCGCGUGGAUCUGGCCCAGGCGGAGGCCGUGGCGGCGCUCAUCCGUGCCGACACCACCGCUGCUGCGCGCUCCGCCCUCGCUGCUGUUGAGGGCGGCUUAUCUCGUCACAUCCGGGGCGUGCGGGCGGCGUGCAUGGAGGUGCUGGUGGACAUCGAGGCGCGCAUCGACUUUGAGGAGGAUCUCCCACCGUUAGAUGCUGCGGACGUCAGCCGUCGAAUCGACACCAUCUGGCAGCAGAUCAACGAGGCCCUUGCGACCGCCAAUCGCGGCCGACUGCUGGAGUACGGCAUUCAGGUGGGGCUGGCUGCAGCACUCAUGGACGUUGCAGAACCGCUCUGCCUCCCCUCCCCCUCUCCCUCUGCCCCUCCACGGCAUCCCUCGGCAGGUAGCAAUUGUGGGUCGUCCCAAUGUGGGCAAGUGGCAAUCGUGGGGCGGCCCAACGUGGGCAAGUCGAGUCUACUGAACGCGUGGACGCAGUCGGAGCGGGCCAUCGUGACGGACACGCCCGGCACCACAAGGGACGUGGUGGAGGUACAGCUGCACCUGCCACUGUCGGCGGGGGGCUUCCCCGUGCGCCUGGCGGAUACGGCUGGCAUCCGCCACACCACGGACGCCGUUGAAGCCAUCGGUGUGCAGCGGUCGGAGGCGGCAGCAGCGGCAGCAGACGUGGUGCUGGUGGUGGUGAGUGCAGCAGAGGGGUGGACAGCAGAGGACUCGGCCAUUUUCCACCGCAUCUCCAUGCAGCGUGCGGUGUGGCGGCGAGUGGUCACCAGCGCCACCCUGCGCACCGGGCUGGACGACCUUGAAGCCACCGUGGCGGCAGCCGUGGGCGGGGGGCUGGUGGCGGAGGAGGGGCAGCAGUGGGCGGUGAACCAGCGGCAGCAGCAGCAGCUGGUGCGCGCAGCUGAGGCCGUGGGGCGGGUGAGGGAGAGCAUUGGGGCGGGGCUGGCGCUGGACUUCUGGAGCAUUGACCUGAGGAGCUGCAUCCUGGCCCUGGGGCAGGUGAGCGGUGAGGAGGAUGUCACGGAGGAGGUGCUCUCCAACAUCUUCAGCAAGUUCUGCAUCGGCAAAUAA